UGUGACGUCCAGCUCGGCCAGGGAGAUGUGGCAACCACAUCCCUUAAACGCCGCUCGUUAGCGCUGAUGUCCGGUGGCGGAUUACGUCAGGGAUGAGGCGCUGAGUGGCUGAGAGCAGUCGACUCGCUCCCUCUCUCCGUCUCCGCACAGACAGAUAGAGAACAGCCCCACAGCCAUGGAUCUAACUCUGGCGCUGUCUGCCGUCAUAUUCACGCUGCUCGCCAUCGUGGUGGCGACGUCGCUCUUCGGCGGCUCGUCGCCGGUGGCGGACUUCGCACACGCGCGCGGCUAUUUCGCGCAGCGCGGAUUGGACGAGCCGGGGCCGAAGCAGAACGGCCACGCGCCCGAGGAGAAGGAGGCGGCGGCGACGACGACGACGGCGACGAUGAUGAAGAAGAAGAGGACGAAGAAGGCGGCGGAGGAGGGCGACUGGUGCGAGAUCAGCGGCAGCUCACACGACCACUGGGACGUGGUGAAAUCCGUGCUCUCAGAGGAGGCACAUCCUCAGCUCCACAACGCAGAGCAGGAAACGGCAGCCGAAAACUCCCGCUCCACCACGUCCAGCCCGUCCGUCCCCUCGCCGGGAUCUGGGAAUAUGAGUUUAGAGGCAGACUCGUCCUCCGAGGCCCCGUCGGGGAAGGGCCGCAGGUCGUUCAUCGGGCUCUCUGAGAAGGAGAUCCUAAAGUGUGCUUUCUCUUACCCCCAGACUGAGGGAGCCGCAGAGAGCCCGGAGGUCAACGAUAACGCCUUGAAGUACGUUCCGGGAAAGUCGCGGUCCCACCACUUGCAAAUGAUGAUGUCCAAAGAGGAGCUGGAGGAGGAGCAGAGGAUACACUCCAACUGUGACUUUUAACUGUCUUUAAGCCUGAAAAGGGAGCAGAUACGUGGGUGCAGCGGGAGCAGUUGGCCGCCAUCUUCCAGCUGCUGAGUGACAACAAGGAGACGUUCGGCGAAACGUCAGAGGGAGACAUGGAGGAGCAGCUCAGACUCUACUCCAUCUGAGCCUUCUCCUCUCGGACUCUUUGUGCUCGACCUCGCUCUUCUUUUACCUGUGAGCGCUACUGAAGGACCAGUCCAAUAAACCAAAUACUCCAAUACACCUGAUCACAGUAUUCAACACCUCUCUACAAUCCACUCAACUGAUACUCUCAUUUGUGGAUUAAUUAUGACAUGCUUUUUGUUUUUGUUUUUGUUUUCGUGUACAGUUUUUUUAUUUUAUUUUAUUUUUUCAUGUUAUUCAAACUGCAGUCCACAGGAAAUGAAGACCAAAGGAAACAAAAAAACAGCUGGACCUUUUCCAGCAAGAGUUUAUAGCUGACAAAGGACUAAAAGGGAAUAUUAUUAUGUCUACUAGUCUAAUUAUAAUAAUGUUAAUUUAAUACAAUUUUGUAAAAUUCUAUGUCAUCUUCAUUCAAUGUUUCACAGGUGUAAAUCUCCCUGUAUAACGUCCACUCUGUUGUGUAAUAAACGACAUUAUAUGUA